AUGUGGCUGGUCCCCUGGUCUUUAGUCCCAUCCGAGCUCCCCCAUUGGCUGCAGACUGUGAGAACCUCCAGCAAACCCAGGACUCACACAUUCAUAUGGAGAUUAGAGAGUAUAAAUAGAGGAGGGAGAGAGAGAGAGCUCAGCACAGCUCAGAUCUUCUCCUCACAGAGAGCUAACAGAAGAAACACAGCCAUGGCUCCUACAAUCACUGCAUCAAUCAUCAACUCCAACCACCUUCUUCCACUUACUAAUAAGCUGAGAAAGCCAAUAGUGGAGAAGAUGCGUAGAGAACGCAUCAACAGCAGCAUCGAGAAGCUCAAGUCUCUGCUGGGUGGAGAAUUCCUAAAGCAACAGCCUGAUUCCAGACAGGAGAAAGCCGACAUCCUGGAGAUGACAGUUUAUUUCCUGAGACAGCAGCAGCAGUCACACAAGAAGUGGAGCUGCUCCACUGCAGCUGAUGAAGGCUACAGCAGGUGUGUUCAGGAGGCCAUCCACUUCCUGUCUCAGUGUCAAGUACACACUCAGUCCCAGAGAAGACUGCUGAGCCACUUCCUCACCAUGCAGCCUUCCAUGGAGAAGAGCAGAAGUGGCGUUCCUCAGCUCAGCUCUCCAGCCUGCCAGAUCAGCAGCAAAGAGGAGACUCCAGGCUGCAGUGGCCUCUGGAGACCCUGGUAGAGCCGCAUGGACACUUUACCAUUAGGAAACCAGCUUACAAAUGCCACAUUGGCAUUAACUACAGUUUCCUAAAUGUGUUUUGUAAUGUUUUUGUCCAACUUUGCAUGGACAGAAUAUGACAAGUUGCUUUCAUAUUGGAAUAGCAUGUGUAGAUAUUUUUAUUUCUGUGCCACAUUCUUAUUAUGCAAGAAGGCCUGCUGCUUAUUUCAAAGAUGUUUUAAACUUUGAUGUUUUUACAGUUUUUCAUGUGCAAAAUAUGACAAGUUGCUUUCAUUAUAGGGAAGCAUAGGAAGAUAUUUCUCAUACUGAGUUACUGAGCUGCUAGAAACUAUACCACCUUCUUAUUGUGCAAGAAGAAUUAUUACUCUCAUUGAGAGUUGAGUGCAUUAACAAAACCCAUAUUGGGUAUAAACUCUCUGCAUUUGCAGAAUGUUUGAAUUUUCAAGCAAUUAAUCAUUUACUAGUUUUUAUAUGAUCUAACUUACUGUGUAAAAAAAGAUUUUCUAUUUGAAAAAGAAAUUUAAGGUUUUUGUUCCAACUUUUAUUCUUCAUCACUAAUCUGGACACUUCAGAGCAAAAUGCCUGUGACAUUUCCUAAUGUAUUAAAUCCUACUCCAGUGGAGUAAGAUGCUGUACAUCUGUAGUGGAUAUACAUUUAUUUUAUUUUUUUUAAAAAACCUCUUUGUGGUUUUGAAAAAAAAAAGAUUUUUUUAUUAGAAGCUACAUUUGCUGUGUACACUCUAUAUUGAGUUGUACUUUUAAAAAUCUUCAGACUGGAUAUUACUUUGCCUUCAGUGAAGGCCAUGAAUGUUAUGUUACUUCAUUGUGAGUAUACAAAGAGAUACUGAAAA